GAUUAUUGAAGACACCUAAUGAUAACAAGCAGAAUCACUGAAGGAAAGAGAAACACAAGAACUGACUUCAGCCACAGCCUUAGAGGAAAUCAACUGAAAACCAGAUUAUUACAAACCAGACUAAGUUUAUUUCUGUCAUUUGUCCACUUUUGAGAAUCAACAGAUUGGUCACCACUGAAAAUGUAAAAAAAAAUUAAAUUAAAUUAAAUUGAAAAGUAUUGGUCAUCAUUAUGGUGAUCAGUGUUUUCUUUAGUUGGGCAGUUUUAGUCUUUGCUUUUUAUGUGAGUUUGUGGUUUUUGUAACAGCCCUUACUAAAACACAUUAUCCUGCAAAGAAAACCACAAACAACAAUGAUCUGUUGAUCAAAGAAAAAUAAUUGAUUGAUGUCUUCACUGACCAAAAGCUGUUACUUGUUUUUUUUUGUAGGUUUUACCAACAACACUUUCUCGCCCCAGAUCAAGAAAGUGUUGUUGGUGAAAAUCUUUAUUUUUAUUUUUUUUUAUCACUGACCACUUUUCUUCAAUGAUGAUAUUAGUUAAUCAUUUUUUUAUGAUAAAGAAAAUUAUAUCACCUGAUAGCACUUGUUCAUGGUUGUCUUUGCAACAAAUUAUGUGUUUUAGUUAACACUGUUACAAAAACCACAAACUGACAUCAUAAAACAAAGUGUCAAACUACCCAAAUAAAAGAAACCCUUUCAUUUUCAAACAUUUUUGUUAAAACAUCAUCAUAUAAACCACUUCAGUAUCUAAUUGACUCUAACACUGCUUCAGUGUUACUUUAACACCCUGCUGGUGGUUCCCAUAUGAACACAGAGCGGUGUUGAUUUAACACCAGGGAACUGUUUCAGGGUUGGAGCAAAACUCUGCAGGACAGUGGCCCUCCAGGAACAUCCCUGAUCUAGAGAGAUCUGUUCUGUUAUCUGAGUUUUGUGAGGUCACCAUAAAAUAAUAAUAAUAAAAAAAAAAUUCCAAUCCUGAGGCCAACAUUAUAUGUAGUUAUUACUGUAGACUUUGAUAUAUGCCUAUUUGUUUGUCCUUUGCUCACUCUUGAGCUGCAGGUGAAAACUGAAGAAACUUAACUGUCGGUCUGUCAAUGGCUCUUUGCAAUGUCUAAUCUGAGGAUUGUUCUGCUGGGUAAGACUGGAUCAGGAAAGAGUUCAGCAGGAAACACCAUCCUGGGCAAAGACGUGUUUGAAGUAGCUCGCUUUCCUGUGUCUACAACUGAAAAAUGUGUUCAAGAAAGAACAAAGAAGGGAACAAAAAACAUUUCAGUGAUCGACACACCUGGACUGUUUCACACAUCCAUGACUGAAGGAGAUCUGAAGGCUGAGAUUGAGAGGAGUUUGAAGAUGUCUGCUCCUGGUCCUCAUGUGUUUCUGCUGGUCAUCAGACUCGGGAGAUUCACAAAAGAGGAGAAAACCACUGUGGAAUGGAUACAGGAGAUCUUUGGAGAAGAAGUUAAGAGAUUCACCAUGCUGCUGUUCACUGGAGCUGAUCAAUUAAACAAACCAAUAGAAGAAUUUCUGCAGGAAAACCCAGAGCUGAUGAAGUUAGUGAAAGCAUAUAAAGAAAGAUAUCAUGUCUUCAAUAAUGUGGAGAAGAAGAAUGGAGCUCAAGUCAGUGAGCUGAUGGAGAAGAUCGAGACAAUAGUCGACAGAAAUGGAGGAUACUACAAACCUCAGAGAGACAACAUAGGGAUAAUACUGGUUGCUUUUGUUUUAACAUGUUUUGCUUAUGGAUUAUAUCAAACCUGUAUUAUAGAUUAUAUCAAAUCUGUAUUAUGGAUUAUCAGAUCAUGUGACUUACUUUUUAAAUAUAUAUUGUCAAUUACUCAUGAAGAUGAUUUCCUGGCAUUUACUGGCAUUGUUUUUUUGUAUGAGUAACAGUCGUAACCCCUUAACUGUCACUCCCUUCCCUGGGGAACAGACCCCAAAGCCAAAAUAUAAAAUCUAAUCAAGUUGUGCUUCAAAUUUUAGAUUGAUAUCUCAAAAAUGGAGCUUUCAGUAAGAUUUUGUUUGGGCGCAGUACCAAA